AUGUCCUCCGAAGCCCUCCCGAUAUCCCCCACGCGCUUCGCCGCCGCCCUCACCGACCUGCCCCUCUCCACCCUCCACCUCAAAGUCCUCGAACUCCGCAACAGCAUCGCCCACCUCGACUACUCCAACGAGCAACUCCGCCCCUUUGCCGAAGGCACCGCAACCGCGACCGCCACCUCCACCUCCACUACAACCACAGCCCCCCCACAACAAGCACCAUCAUCAACAACAGCAACAGCUGAGCCCGACGCAGACUGCGCCGACGCGAUCCGCGAGAACGAGGGCGUGAUCGCGCGCAUGCAGGAGCGCAUCGCGCUGGUGCGCGCCGAGGUCGAGCGGCGCGGGCUGGGCUGGGCCGAGUUCUCAGAGCGUGGAGGAGCGGGAGGCCGAGAGGGUGAAGCGGGAGGAUGUGAAUGGUGGGGUUAUAGAAGGGGAGGGGGAGGGGGAGGGGGUGGGUUAACGGUGGUGGUGGUGUGGGGGGGGUUGUGA